ACAGCUGUGUCGCGGUCCGCGGACAACAGGUGGAACGCGCAGAGGCUCGAACACCUGAGCUGGAGUAAAUACGCGAUGACAGAAGAAGAUCAACAAUGAAAAUCCAGACAGUCGCUAUGCAGUUGGAAGAGGAUGCGAUGUCCCACCAGGCUUUUGUUUCCUGUGAAAAGAAAACUUCAGUCACCUCAGUGCUCUGUCUUCAUUGGCCCCUUUUAGUGUCCCGUACAGCUUUCCACCGUGUCGUCUGAUUGGUCCUUCCGAUCCCCGUGAGGACAGAUCUGCCAAUCGGUGCCGGAUUUGCAGCAGCAGCAGCAGCAGCAGCAGCAGCGGCGUCUCUCCUCUGCAGCUCAUUCUGCCGGUCAGCAUUCUGCGAACAACAGGGUAAAGAGGGGAGAUCUCAGUUCCCCGCAGCUGGAUCAGGAUUUGGCAGAAGUGAUCUCCAUCAUGGAGGUUCCCAGUAGACUACCACCGUCCCCCGUCAAACUUCACAAAUCGGCUUCAUCUCCGUCUCCGCGUUUAGGAGCAAUAAGGAGGAAAAAACCAUUCGAUGAAAAUUUACAGGCAGGUGAAAAUAACAAGAACAACGUUUUUGAUGAAGAGGAGAAGACAGAAGAUUCUGUGUUGACAAACUCACCGACGGAUUCCUCAGAACUUGUUAAUACAGGUCCUCCUCGAAUAAGUAUUAGACUUCCCUCGCAGGACAGUUCAUCGGAGGAGAGUUAUAUAUCAGAGGAGACGCUGACAGAGGAAGCCAAAAACAAGAAUGAAGAGGAGGAAGCAGCAGCGCAGGAGAGGAAAGCUCAGAGACAGAGGAUGGCUAUAGAAGAGCUUGUCCAGUCAGAGAAGAGUUACCUCAGAAUGCUGAAGAUUUGCACUGUAAAUAUUAGGAACAGCCUGCAGAACCUCCAGCCUCCACCGCCCAACCUGGACAGCCUGUUUCUCUACAUAGACGAGGUGAUGGACGUGUCUAGCCGCCUCCUCGCCAUGUUGGACCAGCAGCAGCUCAAGCCUGAAAACUCAGACUCUCUAGAAUCCCUCUGUGUUUCAUUCCUCAGCCUCUCCUCGGAUAUUGAAGCAGCAUACAAAGAAUACUUGUGGAACUACAACCAGAUCUCGUCAGUGGAGAACAGCUACAAACAGAAAGAGGCCCUUUGGAAUGAAAUCGUUAAAAUAGUAAAGUCCUCAGCGCCUGAAGUCAAUGCCACCUCUCUGAGUUUUUUCUUGGUGAUGCCGGUUCAGCGGAUUGCCCGGUAUCCUCUCCUCCUUCAGACCAUCCAGAAGCACACUGAGUCCUCUCACCCAGCGUACGCCCUCCUGGAGCAAACUGCUCACACGUCUGUUGCCAUAAAUUGUCGUAUCAAUGAGUACAAACGCUUUCGAGAAGUGGCUGAAAAAUACAAGAAGACGGAAAACCUGACUAUUAUCGACAAGAUCAACAGGCUUAACACGCACAGCAUUGCAAAGAAGACCGCCAGGUUCAGUCAGCACAUCAAACACGAGACUGGAAUGGCACCGAAGCUGGUGGACGAAGAGUUUGAUGCCCUUGCAGGUUUCUUUAACAUUCUGGAGUAUGCGAUCCUGGUGCUUCUGGAAAAUGUGGAAACAUACCUGUUCCACCUGCAGACCUUCCUGGAAUGUAAGACGGAAGAGUUUGACUUCGACAUGGAUGGCGAAAAGGCCCCUAUUUGCUACAAGGAGAUCAAUACCGCCCUCAGACAGUGGAUCCUUCCAAUGUUUGAAAAAAGGAUGAGGGCCCUAAUUCACAAGCCCCUCUGUGAACUCCGCGAUCUUCUGGUGGGCCCGAAGAACCUGAUUAAAAAGAGACUCCACAAGCUGCUCGACUACGAAGUGCUAGAAGGCAAAUCCAAACUGAGUUAUGAGGAACAGGCUGUGGCCGACGCAUACAAGACCAUCAACACAUUGCUCGUCAAUGAACUCCCUCGCUUCAACGGCCUAGCGCUGCAGAUGAUCUGGAGGAUGCUGGGGACUUUCAGCUGCUUGCAUAGGGACCUCGCUGCAGACAUGGAGCAGCUCUUUCAGAGCUUUGCGCAACAGCUGCCUCACAGCUCUUUCCACCCCAAGGAGUUCCAGGAGUGGGUGGAGUCUGCAGUGCUUGAAGGAGCAAGGAAGUUGGAGACCCUAUGCCGAAGUGUGGAGGAAACCCUUAAUGGUCCAGUUGUCCAGCCUCUGAGCCCGUCCUCUCAGCGCCGUCUGAAGCAGCUAACAGAUAAGCACGGCUCCGAUAAGAUCUUCCAGGUUACAAACACGGUGGUGGGCACCCGGGACCUGGACCUGAGCCUGAGUAGGGGGGAGCUGGUGGCCAUGAUCAGUGAGAGCGACACCCGCGGAGACAAACGGAGAUGGCUGGUUGAUUCAGGAGGAAGAAGAGGUUAUGUUCCUUCCGCAAAACUCAUUCGCUACCGCCAAGCAGUGGAGGACCCGCCCCCCUCUCCAUUCCCUCCCAUGCCGGGAGACGUGAAACCCAGGAGGCACUCCUGUAACCCAGAUCCCAACGCCAUCCAUCUCACAAGUCAGCCUUUAUUCCAGGUGGUCGCUGCUUACGACUUCACUGCGAGGGGAAGCCAUGAAGUAUCUGUCAACGUCGGUGAGCCUGUCCGGGUUCUGGAGUCCCACGAUAAACGAGGGAAUCCUGAGUGGAGCCUGGUGGAGGCCAGAGGUCAGAGAGGCUACGUUCCCUCCAAUUACCUCACCAGGAUUCCCCUCGUCACAGGGUCACUGGCCCCUCCCUUCUACUAGGAAGAGAGUAGGAAAACAGCACGUUGUUAUGAAAAAAAAAAACUGUUAAGUAAAUUAUUUAUGUCAAAAUAGAUUUUUAAUCACAUGUAAGAAUAAAUAUGAGCUUGUUUAAAUGAAUGACCGGCAAGGUUUAAAGGUUUAUCCUCACAGCCUUCCAUAAACGAUUAGAAAGUUUUUGAAAAUCAGAAGAAGAAAUUGAUUUCAAAAACUUCAGUUAACUUUCAAACUUGAGUUUGACAUAACUUGAUUUACAAAUAUGUUGUUUCUUUUUCAUGACCAAAACGCCAAAGUCCAGCAGAAUGUAAACAAGCGUUUACAGCAGAAAUGUAAAUGUCUAUGGCAAGUUUAAGUGUUUUGACUCGUUUAGCCUUACGUACUCGUUUUAAAAUGUGUAAAAUAUUGUAUUGUUUCUAUUUAUUUUUGUUGUCAAAGAAAUUGCCGUCGCACUAAAUCUCACACACUGUAGCUAAACACCAGACUCCGGCUUUUGAAAGUGAAGAUACUGGAAAGGUCCAGGCUCAAGUAGCCAAAAUAUGUGCAAUAGGAAACAUUGAUCCAGUGCCUCUAUUUUAGGGAUUCUUCAAUGUAGAUUUUUUUUUUUUUUGUUUUUGUUUUACUAUUCUCAAGUUUUUAGAUGUGACACUGGAUAAAAAUGAAGGAUGUUGCAGCUGCUCUAGGGUUGACUCAUGUCUUGCUCAUGGGGACUAAGGAAGGGUAGAGGCAUACCGUGAAUGUAGCAUGAAGGACAAUCUUGAAGGUAUACUGGAAAAAACUCUUGAGGUACUUAUUAGUACCAUAGGGUGGUUUGGAUGUGCCCGUCGGAUCUGAAGGAAAAGAGGGAAUAUUGGGUCUAACCUUGACUCAUUUCCCAUGAUCCUUAGCAGGAAACAACACAGAAAUUGAGAAGGAUAGACAGCAGAGUGUUCUCAUUAGAGGCUCUCUGUGUCAGUGGCAGAACUACAACAGCGAGACACUGAGAGCAAACAGUGCUUGUGUUCAUCCUGUUUGAUAUGAACCCGUGCUGACAGGUGAUAGUCUCCUCCUCCUCACCUGGAACCAGGGGCGGCACGGUAUCAAGACUGACAGGUACACAACGUUCUCAUCAUCUCAGACUUUGUAAUGGGAUGUAAAUGCAAAGUAACUCAGGGGUUGAGUUGAAGGGAGACAGAGAAAGACGGAGCUGAAAAUGAGUCGAGGGAAAAAGAGAUUUCUUCUCAGGCAGGGUUUUUAGGAGGGGAUUUGUUACCAUUGUUUUACGUAAUCCCCUCAGCUCCCGAUGCAGCAAAAGAAAGCCAUUUUUGGACAGAUUUUACUGAACAAGUUUUAUAAAAUACAUAUCAGACAGGACAUAGGCGACUUGCUACAGUGUUCAAACACACUUGAUAAUGGUUGUUGCCAUGAAUACAGUUUUAAUCAGUGUUUUUUUUUAUAUUUUGGUAAUGUUAAGACAUUGCAUGAUGGAGUCAUAUGUAGUUUGUCAAGUUUUGAGGCCAAAGGUGAUUUAGUUUUAGCAGAUUCUUAUAGUUGUGCAAAAAAAGAUGUCAGAUUUAAUUUUUGACAUAUAAUUCAAUCUUUGCAAAAAGAAGAUCUUAAAAAAAGGAUUUUGCAAAACCGUUUACCUUCUUUUCUGUACCAAUAAAAAAAACAAUCUAAACAAAUUGUAGCUUUUUUGUAUGUAAACAUAAAUAUUUUCCAUUAUUAAUUUUGGGAAUGAAUAAUUCACUGCUGAUUAUUCUAUGUAUGCAUCAUACAUACUUUAGAAAUAUUUAAGCGUGUGGAGUUUGCCACCAUGUAGCCAAAAAGAAAAUAAUGCAGAGAUAAUCUCUUAAAAUGAAACGCCUUUAGAUAUAGUUUUGCACUAACACCCUGCAGCCAACAUCCUAACCAGACUUUGUGUGCCUCAAAUCUCCUGAUGAGCUGCGUUUGCUGCUGUGGAUGUGGAGCACAGGGAGCUCCGGUGGCUCUGAGUCCGAGCCGCUCAGCUGGGUCUCGUCUCUCUCCUUCAGUUUGAAUGUCAGAUUGGAGCAAAGCAGCAGGAGGCGCAGGAAAGGCAAGUUCAAAUGAUACUUAGAAAAAUGCUGCCGUAGCAAACGUCCCCAAGGUUAGUAAGAAGAACAUGGAAAUAUCUCAACCUCUAAGGACAUUAACUGCUUUCAGCUCUUUAAAGGCCAUUAUAAGAAGAAAGCUGAAUAUAUUCUAACAUGUUUAAGUCAUGCAGAUGACAAAUAAGCUUGGUGUGUGGUAAACCUGGGCAAGCAUGUGGCUGUAUAUUACAUACUGAAGACAUCUGGGACCACCAGUCCUUGAGGACAUUCAGGGAUUAUGCCGUGAAAAAGCUGUUGCUUUUGCAUACAUCCAUCACUAGAGGAAGGAUGCGACUUAUACGGUCUGUGUCUAAUCUCUGAAGUAGACAGAGUAACUGGAGAAUAUGGGUUUGUUUGCUUUUGAUAUUAACAUCAUUACCGUUGUCAGUAUUUAUCCUGACAUGACCUAAGAGCAAAACUGGAGCAGAUUCAGCAAUUUUCGUUAAUACGUUCGGUGUUUUAAUAACAGGCUGUAAAACAAAUAUGUUUAACCUGCUGAUGAUGAUGCCUUCUAAUUUGUACCUCAUUUGUCUUUGUAAUUUAUUAUGAUGUAAUUAUGAUAAGCCCUGUUGUGUAACUUACUGAAUGCUGCAGGGCUGCUCCUCCUGAGAUGAAGCAUGAAGUCCUUGGAAGUAUUGCUAGAGUGAUGAUGUUAAGCUCAAGCACUAACACAUGUAUUUACACAGCAGAUGGGGGUCUCUGCAGUGCAGCAGCACUGUGCCAUGGCAGCUGUGAGCUGGUUGUGAGGCUUCAAUAAAACAGCGCUGAAAAACCUC